GUCUGGCAUCACUGUAAUUUCCAGUCAAAACAAAAGUGAAGCGCGAUUUUUGUUUCGAUUUUCAGUUCGACUGUUUGGUGAAAAAUUGUGAAACUCGUAAAAUUUUGUUAGUUUUAAAUGUAAAAACCUGUACCGAAAAAAUAUUUUUUGUUAGAGGCUGCUAUAGUUCCAAUGUGGCCACGAACGGUCCAGAAUGGAGGAAGUGCAUCAACCACAACCGGCUCAUUUGGCAGCACUCGAGUCGCACUUUGGCCAUUCCAACUUCCGGCCCAUGCAGUGGACCAUCAUCCGCUCAAUCAUCGAGGACCGUCGUGACAAUUGCGUAAUCAUGGCCACCGGGUACGGGAAGUCCCUGACGUAUCAAUAUCCUUCGGUGUUCCUCCAGAGGCUGACGCUGGUCAUUUCGCCGUUGAUAAGUCUGAUGGAGGACCAGGUGCUGUCGUUGAACUUGAGCAACAUUCCUUCCUGUCUGCUGGGAUCGGCUCAGCGGGCCAAUCCAGUUCCGGAUAUCAAGGCGGGGAAGUUUCGCGUGGUUUACCUCACUCCGGAAUACGUAACCGGGGAGAGCGGGAAGUAUCUGUUGGAACAGGUGGCCAAUCAGCUGGUUCUGAUAGCCAUCGACGAAGCUCACUGCUUGAGUAAGUGGGGACAUGAUUUCCGACCGGCUUAUAGGAAUCUUGGAGUGAUUCGAAAGUGGUGUCCCCGAGUGCCGAUACUGGCGGUAACGGCGACGGCAACGCCAAACGUCCGAGACGACAUUGUGACCAGUUUGGGGCUCCGGAAUCCUCAGGUUUUGUGUACCGGAUUCGACCGACCGAAUUUGCAGUUUCACGUCAAGAUGAAGAGUUCGCUCGGAAUUUGGGAGGACGUUAAAGGGCUCCUCAGCCGGAACGUCGAGGGGAGCAUCAUAAUCUACUGUCUGACCCGGAAGCAGACGGAAGAGAUUGUGGAGCUGCUCCGGAGCAAAAAGAUCGACUGCGAACCGUACCAUGCCGGGCUCGGCUUGAAGCAGCGAAGGGAAGUGCACGAGAGUUUCGUGCGGGAUCGGGUGCAAAUCAUCGUCGCGACGAUCGCCUUCGGAAUGGGAAUCGAUAAGCCGGAUGUUCGCCUAGUGGUGCACUACGGCGCUUCGAAGGAUUUGGAGAGCUACUACCAGGAAGCAGGUCGAGCGGGCCGAGAUGGACAACCGUCGAAGUGCGUCAUGUUCUGGAGUCGAGCGGAUUUCAAGACUCAUGAAAUUCUUCGAGAGCACAACCAGGGCGGAGUUCAGAAAAAUCUCGAAGCGCUAUCGAAGAAAAUGUACGAGUACCUUGAUACGCGGGAUUGCCGACGAAUGUUCAUCCUAAAGUACUUCGAAGGAGACGUUGUAAAGGUAGAUCCUCGUAAAAACUGUUGCGACAACUGUGAUCGAAUUGUGGGUGGAGUUAAGGAUAGUGAUCGCUAUGAAGGAAUCGAUCAGGAUGGAAAUUAUGAUUUUAGUAAAGACGCGGAACACCUUCUGAAAGCGGUCGAAGCUUUUGGAGGUGGAACAGGCCUGGCACUUCCGAUUGCGUUGCUGCGAGGUUCGAAAAGCAAAAAGCUUCACAGUUCUUAUUUGAAGAAUCCUCUACACGGAAUCGGAAAGACAAAGGACGACGAAUGGUGGAAGGCACUGGCAGUGCUGCUGGAGAGAGAAGGAUUCCUGGCCAAGACUAAAGUACCAAACACCUUCAAUAAGUUUGCAGUCAUCUACAAAAUAGGCUCCACGCCCUUGGCGAAGAAAUGGCUAGCGACACCGAACCGGAAGUUGCUGAUGAAACCAACUACGGAGAUGUUCAAGUCGAUACGGCUGGUUCGCACUCAACCACUGUUUGACACUGGCUCGGAUUUCCAAACGCAGAGUAAAACAACAUUCCCACCUCAGCUUCAAGCACCGGGCAGCUCUCGUCUUUUGGAACCCAUUGCCCAGAAGCAGGACAUUGUGCAGGAACUCGUGAAAACUCUUUUGAAAAAGCGUUCGGAACUGGCAACGGCUUACGAGUGCAUGCCGUACAUGAUCGCAUCCAAUCAGGCCCUGCACCAGAUGGCGACCAUCAGGCCGUUGAAUCUCGAUGAGAUGAAACGUGCCAAACUGGAUGGUUUCUCCGACAUAAAGAUCCAGAAGUUUGGCAAGGAGUUCCUCGUCUGCAUUCAGCAAAAGUUAAAAUAUAUUCCCGAAACGAGUCAACCGAAUACACCUACUCAAGUACUUCAACAGCACUCCCUUACCAAAACUAAAUUCUCCUCGACUCAUCAGACUACUUGGAAUCUAUGGUUGGAAGGACGUUCAAUAUCUGAUAUCGCAAAGUUUCGCAAUUUAGCAGAAGGGACCGUUACCAAUCACUUGGCCGAAGCGAUCAAACAUGGAUUUCCCUUUGGUCCGAAAGACUUGUCGCGGAUGGGCAUAGAUCAACGCUUAUACGAUCACAUCAAGUCCAAUCUACCGCCGACUUUGGAAGGCUGCAAACUGACUGACGUCAAGAAUCGCUGUCUACCGCAUGUGACCUUCGAUCAGAUAAAGAUUGUACUGAGUCACGUUCAGGUACGAUCGCAUCUCGAAGCGUUGAACGUCCCCGCAAACGACGACAAUGUCCAUGAGGAGCCCCAGAAACCACCUGAGGAAGAGGUGGACCCUACAGCACAACAGGAGAAUGAUCUUUGGGGCGAUGAGGACGACGACUUCAUAGCGGCAGAAAGCAGCUUUGCAGAAAUUGAUCGAAUCUGCGAGGAAUCCAGUACUAAUAAGAACGAAGACGUCAAACAGCUUGAUGCCACAAUAACAUCGAUCAACGACGAAGACGACGAUGAAGGUUUCGAUAUGGGUGAAAUCGACGCGUUGGAACAAGCCGUGAUCAAUAUGAGCGAUCGUUCUGGUACAGAAGCUCCAGAACCGUGUUCUGAACCAGAACAACCAAAGAAGCCCACCCUGAAGGCCAAGUCAAGGAGAAUUCUCUACGAAGACGACGAUGAUGAGGAGGAGGUCGACGCACCAUCUAACAACUCAACGAACGCUCAACCAAAGUGUCCGAGUCCUGCCAAACAAGCGAAGGAGGACCCAGAGCCGGUUAAGAACAUUUUUCGAUUUAAGACUGCGAGCAGUGCUUCGACCACUUCCACCGUAGGCAGUAACAAACGGAUAAUAUACGAAGACAGUGAUGAAGAUGAUGGGGAUGGUGAAGUGACUCUUCCGAGAAGAAGAAUUUAGGAAUACUCACGCCGAAUUUAUCUAAGUGUGUAGUAGUGUUAUGUUGUUUCUAUCAUACUUAAUAAUUAUAAUAUACGUUUUUAGUUAGGACAGAUUGAUAUUUUUGUGCCGAAAUUAGCUUAUGUUAUCUACUAGAAACCUAGAUAUUCUUGUUCAUAUUCUGUU